CUCGCAUGUGGCCUUCUGUCGCUUCUUUAAGGUAAGACCCUCUCAGACGCUCCUCUCAUCAUCCCCAUCUUUGCUGAGCUCGAAGUGAUCCAGUCCGUCCGUAUAGUUCCUGGAGAAGAAGAUGGAGAGAAUUCUGAGAAUGUCGCUCGCUCUCUUCACUCUCCUUGCCAUCCUGCCGAGAAACGUGGCGCGGGAAGCCGGCGCCGUCACCUCCGGCAUGGCCACCUCCUCCAAGUACCAGAUUGAGUGCACCAUGUGCGCCGCCUGCGACAACCCUUGUGGCCAAGUCCCCUCCCCGCCGCCUCCGCCCCCGUCCCCGCCGCCGCCGGCCGCCACGUCCAACAGCCCGCCUCCACCGUCCCAGCCCAGUUAUGCGUACUCACCGCCGCCCCCGCCCUACAAAGGGGGCAGCGGCGGCUCGUAUUACCCCCCGCUGAGCAGCGGCAGCGCGUACUACCCCCCGCCGAGCUACGGGAACUACCCGGGGCCGCCGCCCCCGAACCCGAUUGUGCCGUACUUCCCCUUUUACUACUACUAUAACCCUCCACCCGCUGCUGUGUCCUCCAGUACUAUCAAGCUAAGAGCUUGCCAUGCGAUUUAUGCAAUACUGGUUACUCUGCUUUUGGUUUGAUCAAGACGAUCCAAUUGGAGCAAGGAUGGGGGAUAUCGGGAAUAAAUAUGGGCAAAUUUGGCAUAUCAAGGACUCAAAUCUUUUGCAGGUGACAGAUAGAUGGUGAAUACCUUUUCUGGGAAUCUUGAAUCUCCAUGGAAGCGAAAAAACAGAUCAAGAAAGUGUCAGAGAGAGAGGUUAGGGAUAGUACUGGAAGAAUCAUUGGAGUCCCAGAAAACUGAAGAAACAGAGAGGAAUCCUUGUGCAUUGGAAAGGAUGAAUGUUUAUCAAGGACAUAAAAAUUUUCAUGACCAUCA